GUCGGACAAAUAUCUUCCGGACACCCUAGUUUUCGUUGUAUAAAUACGGCGCAUUCCGCAGGGCUCACACAGUCUCUUUCUCUCAAUUGCAGUCCGUCUUCUUGGUUCUUCCCAAGAGGUUUAAGUAUUUCGUAAGAACUAAAUAUGGGUAAGGAGAAGGUUCACAUCAACAUUGUGGUUAUUGGUCAUGUCGACUCAGGGAAGUCAACUACCACUGGUCAUCUCAUCUACAAGUUGGGAGGCAUUGACAAGCGUGUCAUCGAGAGGUUUGAAAAGGAGGCUGCUGAGAUGAACAAGAGGUCUUUCAAAUAUGCCUGGGUUCUCGACAAGCUCAAGGCUGAGCGUGAGCGUGGUAUCACAAUUGAUAUUGCUCUCUGGAAGUUUGAGACCACCAAGUACUACUGCACUGUCAUUGAUGCUCCCGGACAUCGUGACUUUAUUAAGAACAUGAUUACUGGUACUUCCCAAGCUGACUGUGCUGUGCUUAUUAUUGACUCGACCACGGGUGGUUUUGAAGCUGGUAUCUCUAAGGAUGGGCAGACCCGUGAGCAUGCGCUUUUGGCCUUCACUCUGGGAGUUAGGCAAAUGAUUUGCUGCUGCAACAAGAUGGAUGCUACCACUCCCAAAUACUCCAAGGCAAGGUAUGAUGAAAUUGUUAAGGAAGUCUCUUCCUAUAUGAAGAAGGUUGGUUACAACCCUGACAAGAUCCCUUUUGUGCCUAUCUCUGGAUUUGAGGGUGACAAUAUGAUUGAGAGGUCAACCAACCUUGACUGGUACAAAGGUCCAACUCUCCUUGAGGCUCUUGACAUGAUCCAGGAGCCCAAGAGGCCGUCAGACAAGCCUCUUCGUCUCCCACUUCAGGAUGUGUACAAGAUUGGUGGUAUUGGUACUGUCCCUGUGGGGAGAGUUGAAACUGGUAUCCUCAAACCUGGUAUGCUUGUCACCUUUGCUCCAACUGGCCUCACAACUGAGGUUAAGUCUGUUGAAAUGCACCAUGAGGCCCUCCAAGAAGCUCUCCCUGGUGAUAAUGUUGGCUUCAAUGUCAAGAACGUUGCUGUUAAAGAUUUGAAGCGUGGUUUUGUUGCAUCUAACUCGAAGGAUGAUCCCGCAAAGGAAGCUGCAAGUUUCACAUCUCAGGUCAUCAUCAUGAACCACCCUGGUCAGAUUGGCAAUGGUUAUGCCCCUGUUCUCGACUGCCACACUUCCCAUAUUGCUGUCAAGUUUGCUGAGCUCUUGACCAAGAUUGACAGACGAUCUGGUAAGGAGCUUGAGAAGGAACCUAAAUUCUUAAAGAACGGUGAUGCUGGGAUGGUGAAGAUGAUUCCAACCAAGCCUAUGGUUGUUGAAACUUUCUCCGAGUACCCACCACUAGGACGAUUUGCUGUCAGGGACAUGCGUCAAACUGUUGCUGUUGGUGUUAUCAAGAACGUCGACAAGAAGGAGCCUUCAGGGGCUAAGGUGACCAAAGCAGCAGCCAAGAAAGGUGCCAAGUGAAUUGUGCGAUGUUGGAUCUUGUACCGCUGUCAUGAUCUCAAACUCCUCUGUUACUACCAAAAGUACUUGUGUUGUCUUUGUCAUAUAGUUUUGAGUUAUAUAGUUGGUCUUGUUGGGUUUUAUUUCUGUCAAACGAUGUGUUAUCUGUGUCGAAGUGUUUGGUCUUCACCUUGCUGUCAUGGCUCUCAGAAUUGGGUGCUGGAUCGUCGGUGGCAUGUAAUUUGCUGACUUUCUACUCUCUGUUUUACCUUUAUGGUAUAUGAAUUGAGUUUUUGUGUCGGGAUUUGCAGCGUGAUUUUGUUUGGUUGUUGCGUAAAAGGUUCCAGCUUUUGGUUGCU